GGGAGGGAGGGUAAAUAGUGGGCCCGGCAGGAAGAUGGCGGCGGUAGCGGAGGGGUGAGCGGACCUGGGUCUCUGCCGCUGGCUUGGCUCUUCCUGUCUUCCUCCCCUCCUCCCUCCCCGACUGAGGUUGGCACCCAGGGGGCCGAGUUCAGGUGGCGGCGCCGGGCGCAGCGCAGGGGUCACGGCCACGGCCACGGCGGCUGACGGCUGGGAGGGCAGGCUUUCUUCGCCGCUCGUCCUCCUUCCCAGGUCCGCUCGGUGUCAGGCGCGGCGGCGGCGGCGCAGCGGGCGCGCUUCCUCCCUCUUCCUGUUCCCUCACGCCCCGGAGCGGGCACUCUUGGCUGUGCCAUCCCCCGACCCUUCACCCCAGGGACUGGGCGCCUGCACUGGCGCAGCUCUCGGAGCGGGGGCCGGUCUCCUGCUCGCCUGUCGCGCCUCCAUGUCGGAUAACCAGAGCUGGAACUCGUCGGGCUCGGAGGAGGAUCCGGAGACGGAGUCCGGGCCGCCUGUGGAGCGCUGCGGGGUCCUCAGCAAGUGGACAAACUAUAUUCAUGGGUGGCAGGAUCGUUGGGUAGUUUUGAAAAAUAAUACUUUGAGUUACUACAAAUCUGAAGAUGAGACAGAGUACGGUUGCAGGGGAUCCAUCUGUCUUAGCAAGGCUGUGAUCACACCUCAUGAUUUUGAUGAAUGUCGGUUUGAUAUCAGUGUUAAUGAUAGUGUUUGGUAUCUUCGUGCUCAGGACCCAGAUCACAGACAGCAGUGGAUAGAUGCCAUUGAACAGCACAAGACUGAAUCAGGAUAUGGAUCUGAGUCCAGCUUACGUAGACAUGGCUCAAUGGUGUCACUGGUGUCUGGAGCAAGUGGGUACUCUGCUACAUCCACAUCUUCAUUCAAGAAAGGACACAGUUUACGUGAGAAAUUGGCUGAAAUGGAAACUUUUAGAGACAUCUUAUGUAGACAAGUUGACACUCUCCAAAAGUACUUUGAUGUCUGUGCUGAUGCUGUCUCCAAGGAUGAACUUCAAAGGGAUAAAGUGGUAGAAGAUGAUGAAGAUGACUUCCCUACAACUCGUUCUGAUGGAGACUUUUUGCACAAUACCAAUGGUAAUAAGGAAAAAUUAUUUCCACAUGUAACCCCCAAAGGAAUUAAUGGUAUAGACUUUAAAGGGGAAGCAAUAACUUUUAAAGCAACUACUGCUGGAAUCCUUGCUACACUUUCUCAUUGUAUUGAAUUAAUGGUAAAACGGGAAGAGAGCUGGCAAAAAAGACAUGAUAAGGAAAUGGAGAAGAGAAGACGAUUAGAGGAAGCAUACAAGAAUGCAAUGGCAGAGCUUAAGAAGAAACCCCGUUUUGGAGGGCCUGAUUAUGAAGAAGGUCCGAACAGUCUGAUUAAUGAGGAGGAGUUCUUUGAUGCUGUUGAAGCUGCUCUUGACAGACAAGAUAAAAUAGAGGAACAGUCACAGAGCGAGAAGGUCAGGUUACACUGGCCUACACCUUUGCCAUCUGGAGAUGCCUUUUCUUCUGUUGGGACCCAUAGAUUUGUACAAAAGGUUGAAGAGAUGGUACAGAACCACAUGACUUACUCAUUACAGGAUGUAGGUGGUGAUGCGAAUUGGCAACUAGUUGUAGAAGAAGGAGAAAUGAAGGUAUACAGAAGAGAAGUCGAAGAAAAUGGAAUUGUUCUGGAUCCUUUGAAAGCUACCCAUGCAGUUAAAGGUGUUACAGGACACGAAGUCUGCAAUUACUUUUGGAGUGUUGAUGUUCGCAAUGACUGGGAAACUACUAUAGAAAACUUCCAUGUAGUGGAAACAUUAGCUGAUAAUGCAAUCAUCAUUUAUCAAACGCACAAGAGAGUGUGGCCUGCUUCUCAGAGAGAUGUACUGUAUCUUUCUGCUAUUCGAAAGAUCCCAGCCUUGACUGAGAACGACCCUGAGACUUGGAUAGUUUGUAAUUUUUCUGUGGAUCAUGACAGCGCUCCUCUGAACAAUCGAUGUGUCCGUGCCAAAAUCAAUGUUGCUAUGAUUUGUCAAACCUUAGUAAGCCCACCAGAGGGAAACCAGGAAAUAAGCAGAGACAACAUUCUGUGCAAGAUUACAUAUGUAGCUAAUGUGAACCCAGGAGGAUGGGCACCAGCCUCGGUGUUAAGAGCAGUGGCAAAACGAGAAUAUCCUAAAUUUCUAAAACGUUUUACUUCUUACGUCCAAGAAAAAACUGCAGGAAAACCAAUUUUGUUUUAGUAUGUACAGUGACUGAAGCAAGGCUGUGUGACAUUCCAUGUUGGAGAAAGAAAGAAGAAAAAUUGAGUUCUCUAAGCUGGAACAUAGGAUCUACAGCCUUGUCCAUGGCCCAAGAAGAAUCAUUGCAAUAGUAAAGCUGGGUAUCUAACACUAGCCAUCUCCUGAUAGAUCUCCUUGCUCAAUGUGUAACUAUAAAUACAUGUAAAAUCACAUGUAUAUGGCUAUAUUUUUAUUUGCUUGCUCCUAGGAGAGAAGAAAAAUUAACUUUGAAUUACAACUAGGAAUUAAUUGCUUUAAUUUUGGGGAACUUUUUCAGAAUUUUUUAUUUACCGUGGUCCAGCCUAAGGUCCUCAGUUGUAUCAAGCUUUGUGCACAAAAGAAAAGCACAGAAGUUGAAUGCACCUGAGGCUUGUGCUCUCUGUGCACCAAAUAUUCAGAUGGGCUUUUACAGGCCUACAGUCUGUGUCUGUGUCUAGAAGUUUUUGACUUUUUGCUUUGUAUAAUCAUAGAAUCUAUUGCUGCUGAUUUCUAUAAGGAUUCAUGUUGUGUGUCUCUUCAUAACUGAGGACUGUCGAUAACCUGUGAUUUUGCCUUUUCUAUUAUCUUUCUCCCAUGAAGAACAUUGGUUCUGAUGGAGAAAGAAUGAAAAGCUUUAUUUUCUCCCCCAGAUAACUUUAUAUUUUUAUUAUAUACUUUAGUUGUGUACUAUAUGCUACCAACUUUUUUCAGUUUGUUACGAACACAAUUUGGUAAUUCCUAAAUUGGUUCUGCCUGCUUCCAGUCAGAAACAUCUGUACAUCUCUUGUGGGUAUAAGUACUUUAUAAUACAAUGGUCAGGAUAAAAUUAGUUCAUAUUUUUCCUGAAAUUUGUAAGAGAAUAUAUGGUAUUACUUGUUAAACCAAAUCAAACUGUUUGAAUUUGACAUUUGAUUUAAUAUUUCUAGUAUUCUGUAACAAAUAUGUUAGUUUUUCUAGCUUGAAUCACUUUAAAUGAUAUAUCAAAAGGUAUACAUAGAAAAUCUGAGCAAUGCUCCCAUUUGCCUCUUGAUCAUAAAUUUCAGCAGAACAGUACGAUUCCACACUAUUCAAACUGAAAUGCUUUUUUUAGUUGCUAUAAGAAACCAACAUGUAAAAUACCUGACUUAUUUGUAGUCCUCUGUGAAAAACUUUGAAGCAUGGAGUUGAGGCAAGGAAUGGUACUCAAUGAAGUUGAGAUGACUGCCCACUUCAAACUCUUCAUUGUGUUUACAAGCAGAUGUAUUUAUGUAUAUCAGAGGCAUUUGUAGAUGCUUUGCUGGCGUGUUCCUCUCCUUAGAAACACAAAAAUCAGACCCCUUUUGUAAAGCAGAAAGUCAUGUCAUGUAAAACAUGAUCUGUAUAUAUUCCAUACAUGGAAAUGGAAUCUAAAUGAUAAGUGCAAGGUGUGAUAAUUUAAUGAUGGGAUUAGUCUGAUCAAUUAAUAUGCACAAUCCUGGAAGUGAAUUACUUGCAUCAGAUAGAAUGAUAUUUAUUACUCUGUACAGAGAGAAAAGUACAUAUAAAACAUAGAGCUUACAUUACAUGCACGCAGUUUCAUGUCCCAUAAAUCUUUUUAUAUUUUUUAAUUUACCUUUCUCUAAAUGAUGUGCAUGGAAUAUGCCUUAUUACAGAAAUGCUAUUCAUAAUUUGACUCUGUGGAAAAGUGCCUAUAUAGUGGUAAUGCUAGGAAGGCAAGUAAGACAGAUUAUCAUACCAGUUUACAUCACCAGUUAACAUUUUAUAUUGUGAUGUUUAAAAAAAGAAAAAUUUAUACCUCAAAUGUGUAUUUUAUUUUACAAUCAGCUGUGGGGUUGGGAUGGGAGAACUGGGAGGGUUGGGAGGGAAAGUUUAUUUGCCAUAGGCACUGGUGGGAAUCUUUAAAAAAAAAAAAAAGAAAAAGAAAAAAAAAACUCUACACCCACUAUAAAUGUUCCUCUGUUUGCAUCUCUGGUAACUAUGAUGAACCAGACAAGAAACUCUUUCAUAACUAAAUCAGAUAACUUUAUUUACAAAGAUAUGCAAGUUUCUGAAGCAAUGUCUGAAUCUAAUUAUCACCAGUUGGAUUUGCACUCAAUGUGGUGAUAUUUUACAGUUUAGUCUGUAAAUAAAAUCACACUGAAAAUGUUUAUAUUUAAAAAGAUAAGAAAUGAUACAUUUUACCUUUCAGUAAUUGCACUUGUACUUCAUUGGAGUUAAUCCUGCCCAAUCAGAUUUAGAACUGAGUUUAGAAAUGUGUAAAGUAUUCAAAAAAGUCAACGUGAAGAGGAGCACUGGCCAUUUUUUAUAAUAUUCAGACCCUCAAGAAUUACUUUCAUUUGGCUAAUUCCUACAUACUGAAUAUUUAUGAUGUUUCUUCAUACAUGGGUAUUUCUCUUUAUCUAAACCCCCAUUCCAUGCCUCCCGCCUUAUGCUUAAUUCUCCUGGAUUAUUUUGUGCUAUGUUAGACACCUGAAAAAUAUUGAUGAUGUGGGGAUUUGUUCCUGCAUGUGAGUGAACUGGAUGAGAGAGCAGUGUGUGCAUUCCCCUUGGGAUUGAGGACUCUGUAUUUGAGGUGGAGAAACUUGAUUUAGUGUUUCUACAGGAGCAGCAGCAGAGGAAAGAAGGGGGUACCUAAGAGAGGUGUGAGGAGGAAAUGAAAGAAAGGAAACAUGGCUUUCUCAUAUGUUCGUUUUCAUGACUAAUUUAUACAUCUAUACAAUAUCAAUGUCAGUUGCUACUGAGAAUUUUAGCUGGGCUGAGCUGGUUUGCUUGUGAAAUUGUGCUGGUUAUCUUUAAGCUUAUCAGUUAUUUGUCCGAUCAGACACUUUACCAGUAUUUAGUCCAGGCUGUACAGAUGAUGUAUUUGAAUUGUCGUCAUUGUUCAUCUACAGACUCAAAACAUAAUAAUCAUUUUCAAGUACCUUGGGAGUGUGUAGAGUAUAACUAUAAUAGCUUUAUGAUUCUGAUGAUGUUUUUUUUAAAAAAAAAUAAAAGAUGGAUCUUCCAUGUUACAAUCACAAAUUAAAACCAGUAUUUAAAAGUGGAGAAGUAUUAAAAUAUUAUGGACAAAUA